AUGGCAUUCAACAGCAACUCUGAUAACCUUAUUGCGAUUCUUAGCAUUGAUGGAGGUGGUAUUAGAGGGAUCAUUCCAGCUACUAUUCUUGCUUUCCUUGAAGCCCAACUUCAAGAAUUAGACGGUGAAAAAGUAAGAAUCUGCGACUACUUCGACUUGAUUGCUGGAACGAGCACGGGAGGAUUGGUGACCGCCAUGUUAACAGCUCCAGAUGAAGACAAGCGCCCGCUUUUUGCUGCAAAAGACAUUCUUCCCUUUUACAAAGAGCACGGCCCUAAGAUAUUUCCAGAACGAUACAUGACAUGCAGAGGCGGCGGUUUGUUUGGAACCAUGAGAAGAAGUUUGGCAUCGUUGAUUGGUCCCAAAUAUGACGGUAAACACCUCCGCGAAGUUCUUGAAGAAAAGCUCGGAAACACUCGACUGCAUCAAACUUUGACUCCAGUUGUCAUCCCCACCUUCGACAUCAAUAACUUUCAACCACUUGUAUUCACCAACUACGAGGCGGAGGAUAGACCUGAGUUGGACGUUAAAUUGUCAGACAUAUGCAUAGGAAGUUCCGCAGCUCCAACAUAUUUUCCUGCUCAUUGUUUUAAGAACAGUGAUGAUAAAGGCAACAUGUUUGAGUUCAACCUCGUCGACGGCGGCGUCUGCGCUAACAAUCCGACUCUGGUUGCGAUCAGCACAGUGACGCAAAAAAUGGUGAGGAAAGAUCCACAUUUCCCAGUAUGGCAAGCAACCAGAAAAUUUGAAAAUAAUCCUAUAAACCACCAAAGACGAUUCCUAAUACUUUCAUUAGGCACAGGAUCUUCAAAAUAUUCCCAGAAAUACAGUGCAGACAUGGCGGCCAAAUGGGGCAUCAUCGGAUGGUUGACUCACGCCGGCGGCAACCCUUUGAUCGAUGUUUUCUCCCACGCCAGCUCCGACAUGGUGGAUUAUCACAUCAUCACCAGUUUUCACUCCCUCAAUGUCGGAGAUAACUACCUCCGAAUUCAAGAAGAUGAGUUAGAGGGAGAGUUGGCCUCAGUUGAUGUGACGACGGAGGAGAAUUUGAAGAAAUUGGAAGAAAUUGGGAAAAAGUUGCUGACUAAAAGUGUUUCUAAAUUGGAUCUUUUGACUGGAGAGUAUAAGCCUGUUCCUACACGUGGGACAAAUGAAGAAGCCUUGAAAAGGUUUGCGAAAAUGCUAUCAGAGAAUAAGAGAAAUCGCUUAAACAAUGAAGUCGAAUAA